AUGUCAUUCAUGGAGCCCUUCCGCAUUAGCACGGUAGAACCCUUGUCAAACCUAACCAGUGAAGAACGGUUGAAAAUUCUCCAGGAAAGUGGUUAUAAUCCAUUCCAGGUCAAGGACAAGUAUGUAACCUUUGACCUAUGGACUGAUUCCGGCACGGCAGCGAUGAGCCAACACCAAUGGGCUGCAAUGUUAGAAACAAGCGAAGGUUGCAUCAGUCCCGACAGCUUCGACACUUUCGCUGACACCAUCAAACGUUUAACAGGGUUCCCACACAUCCUACCCGUCCACCAGGGCAGAGCAGCCGAACAUAUUCUCUUCUCGGUUCUAGCUAAACCAGGUUCCACUGUAUUCAGUAACACAAUGUAUAUCACAGGCCGUGCAAAUGCCGAGCUCAGCGGAGCCGUAGUAGUUGAUGUUCCCUGCAAGCAAGUAGAAGGUGGAGACUUCAAUGGAGAUCUUGACCUCAGGAGGGUGGAUGUCGGCAAAGCUAUGGUUGUUUUGACCCUGACCAGCAAUAAUCAAGCUGGACAGCCAGUAUCCAUGGCAAACAUCAAACAUGUUUCUGAAAUAUGCAAGACGCAUGAUGUCCCCCUGUUUAUGGACGGGUGUCGUUUUGCAGAAAAUGCAUACUUCAUCAAAACACGAACCAAGGUGUAUCAGGAUGUUUCAGCAAGAGACAUAGCUCUGGAGAUGUUUUCUCACUUCGAUGGAAUGUAUAUGUCCGCUAAAAAGGAUGGGUUAUGUAACAUUGGUGGAUUUUUCGCCACUCGCCUCUCUGACGUAUAUGGACAAUUCAAAAGGCGAAUGACCUACACUUGGGGAAUCCAAGCUAUGGUGGAUUAUCUAGCAGGGACCUGGAAGCUGUAG